CAGCGGCGGCGGUGGCGGCGGCAGCGGCGAGGACGACGGUGGGUAGCGGCGGUGCUGUCCGGAGUAGCACUGCGGCUCGAUCAUCCGCGGCGAGAGGGAAGGCUGGCGUGGCCCUCGAGGUUACGAGGCCAGGCGAGAAAGUGGGUGUUGCCGGAACAACGACAACGACGACGACGACGGCGGCGGCAACGACGACGACGACGAGGAGGUCGGGAGGAUCGUCCGAGUCCUGCGGGAGUCGGUCGUCGGGAUCUUAUAGGAGGGAGGAGAGGCUGGUGGACAAGACGACCGGAGGAGAAGGAUGCUCGUCGGUCGUCGGUCUUGGAGUCGACGUCAGCUCUCCGCUGGCCUCCUCCUCGACGAUGACCUCGUGCCUCAAGAUCUCCGGCGCUGAAAUCCCUCCUCACGAUGGCAGGAGCGAACCGAGAGUUUCGGCAAGGCCCUGAAGGUUUCGUGCUCGCAAAUCAUCGCGGUGGACGAAGCUGGUCUUCGUGCGAUUAGGGGCUGUGCCAGGGAAGCGCGGGCCGGGGGUGGUUCCUUCCAUCGCGAGGAUCGAGAUGAGCGAUCUACAGGCCACCCUCGAGUUCUCUCUCGAGCUCUGCAAGUUCUACAAUGUUGACCUCUUCCAACGCGGGUACUACCAGAUCCGAACUGCUCUCAGAGUGUCGCCGAAGCUGCCGGUCAAGGUGGAGGUUAAUCAGCCACGAAAUCACUCCCUGGAGGCGCCGGGCACGAGCAAGCGCUUUCAGAUACUCUACAGGAACGAGGAGGUGACACUCGGUACCUCCGUGCUGUUCCGGGCGCACGUGCUCGUGCACAGUCACAAGAUCGAGGAGGCCCUGUCGCGCACCCACUUCAAUCUGGGAGUCGAGCUAUGGUUCAGCGAGCCGACACAGCCGGGCAACAUGGCCUGCGUGUCCUCGAGGGCGCUGCAGCUGAAUUUCACACCCACUAAGGGCCUUCACUACCAUCUGCCGGUGCUCUUCGAUUACUUUCACCUCGCCGCGGUGUCCAUCACGAUCCACGCCUGCCUCGUGACACUCCAUCAGCCCUACAUCAAGAAGAGCAUACUGCACUACGUGCAAAGCUGCGCACCGCGAGGCGGCAAGCCCUGGCUGCAGUUUAAACAAUCCCCGGCGAACGGUGACAACAGCUCGUCCACUUUCGGGAAUAUUGUCCGCGGCUCGUUUCAGGAGACCACUACGAGAUGCGUCGGAUCGACGACGAGGAUGCAACACGCGAGGCUGGUGCAGCAGGAAGUCGCGAGAUUGCUUCUGGCAACGAGGGAAUCUCUGCUCAACGACCUGUCCGACUUGGCGCGACUGCUCCCUUCUUGGCAACAAAGGGCGCUUGAGCUCGCACAGAACACGCACAAAGAGAUCACGAAGCUGAUUGACACUGAGGAGGCCGACAUAGCCCAACUCUGUGCACAAAAUAUUGUCCUCUGGCAGCACUUCCUGGAGGCAUUCUCCGGCCGCGAAGCGGUUCAUCAGCAUCUCGCGCGAAUUCAUCAUCAAUUGAGAGUGAAGCGUUUCGCAGAGGGUUUCUUCGUGCUGGAGAAUCCCAGAACGUCGGCAGCGGGCUGCUACGACGCGAACUACCAGUCUUACCAGGCGGUGAGCGAGGCCGCCCGGCGGUCGCGUUACCUCGCGUCCUUGCCGCCCUUACCUGUCCAUUGCCCGGAGCUGGACGGCGAUCUUCACUCGUUGCCUUUGAUCUUCGAGGAUCAGUACGCCGACAUGCAGCAGAGGCAUAGAAACAGCGUUCCCAACAUGGACGACUGCAGCUGCGGAAUAGCGGCGAUACUAGAGUCGCGCUCGAUGGGCAUCUGGUCGCCCAGGAGCGAAGGCGCGGCGCAGGACAUCGGAUCGAUCCAAGCCCGGCUGCUGUUGACGCCCUCCACGCUGCCCGCGAGGCACAGCAAGUCCUUGGACCAGCUGGGGCCCGACCUGGUGCCUCUGCAGCCGAGAACGUCGCCGAAGACCCUACCGAGGUCCGUGUCGACCCAGCUGUUCCCGCGGCAGCGCGUUGGCGGUCGCAACGUCACCCCGCCGGCGACGGUGCCUUCCAGAGGGCGACCCAGGUCGACAGUGCCGUCCAGUACCACCCUCUUCCCGCCGUCGGGCCAGCAGCAGGCUUGCUCCGCGCCAAAUCCAUCCCUCGGUUCUACGCCGGUAAUUCCCUUGCCUCGGGCCAAGUCCACGCAGAUGCUGGUGCCGAACCGGCAACAGCAUCAGCAGCAGUCCGACCAUCAAUCAACCUCCAUCACUUCCCUGUUGGCCGCGAUAUUCCCCGAACUGCCGCCCGGCGAGCUUUUGCCCGGCUACCGACCGUCGUCCAAGUCCUGCGACCAGAACCUCACGGUGCCGACUUGCAUGGGCGCUUUGGACCCUGACCAAUUGCCCGAUUGCUUGACGGAGAGGAAGUCGAAUAUCCUGGAAGACUACCACUCGCUCGACACCAGGAGGAUACGAAACCUGCUGGAGCCGCGGAGCCAUCGUCUGGGGACACGUCAGCCGCUGCCAACGACCACUAACGACCAAAGUAGCUUUUUAUCCGCCAAGGCGAACAUAAAUGGCGACAGCUUCCUGCAGGAUCCUCAGCCGUUGCACACCGCGACGCUAGACAGGGUCACUUACCGAGGCAACUCCCGGAGGCCGGGGCACCAAGCGGCCGGCAAAUACAGCCAGACCAACGGCGUCGAGUGUCGCAGGUAUCACACGCUCGGCAAGACGUCGAUGUCGCAGGCGCAGAGGAAUCGCGAGAUAUCGGAGUCCAUGAACGGCAGCGCGCUGGCUAACAGCUACUCGGCCCUGGCGGAGCCGUUGAGCAAGAGGUCCAACUACUACGCGACGACGACCACCACGGACACGUUCUUCUAUCGCACAAACGGCAGCACGAGCGGGCAACGGCGGACGCGCGACGAGCCGGACAAGCCGAAGAGGCCGAAGAGCACGGAACGGCUCGUGGACGACGUGGAGCGCAACGAGUGCUGCGACUUCCGACCGCGAGACCGGCCGCGAAGGAGAGCUGAGCGACUAGGCAAGUCCUCGCGCAACGGGGUGGCCCAGAACUGCGGCGGCGAGGAGCAGCCGCGACGCGGCCAGAGCGACAAGAAGAACACCUCAGAGACGCCUCAGGAGCCGGUCUACGAGGUGAUAGCCUUGAAGCUGGAACCGAAGAGAGAACCGCGCGUGGAGCGGAGGAGAAACAAGCACAGCAGGAGGCCGCACUCCGCGCCCGUUCUCGAUACGGACCACCCGCUGGAGGAGAGCAAGAAGUGCGGCCACAGAAAUCGGAAACCAGCGCCACCGCCGCCGGCGUAUCAAGAUCUCGCCGAUGCGCCGUUGCCCAAGUACCGUCAUCCGCCUACGACGCCCACGACGAGCGUCCUCGAGGUGGAGAACAACAAUAAAAUUAUCCUGAAGAUGGAGCCCAUCAAGUCGCCCAUGGAGGUGCCGGCGACCAACGGCACCACGCCGUCGGAUACGUCGAGCGCCGUGGUGCCGCCACCGUGCGUGAAGAGACUGCGAUGCGCCAGCGUGCCGGUGGCGCAGAACAAGGUGAUGGUGCCGCGCAGCGCGGUUUCCCUGCCGUGCAUGCCGAUACGCGACAGCAAGGACAGUCUGAGCAACAAUCUGCCGGUGGUGAUCCCGAAUCCCCUCAGCCCACCGUCCACCAGGCCCAGCAGCCCCACGCCGAGCUCGAGCUCGAGCAACCUCACGUCCGAGUGCUCCGGCUGGGUCAGCAGCGGCGACACGUCCAGCUCGGAGCAACGUCGCAACGCCAAGCUGUCGAGCGAGCAGCUGCGGCAGAAGCUGUCAAAGAUCGUGCCGCGCAAGGACCGCGCCGCGAAGGAGAACGUGGAGGAGCACUCGUACGAGGAGGUGCGCCUGCCGCCGCCGAAGAUGUUCCAGGACGAGCCACCGCCGCCGGAGGAGUUCCGCGACCCGCCGGCGCCGAUCGACAACCUACUCUACCACGUGUACGAGACGGUGAAGCAGACGAGGAGCCCGAAGCAGAACAAAACGGCGCCGUGCAGCCCGCAACGGAACCGGGAGCGCGACAGGGACGGCACCUACGGCGUCCGGGACAUCUGCCUGGACUGCUAUCAGGAGGGCAAAGAGCUGCUGCAGUCCACGCAGGACGACUUCAUCAACUUCAAGAAGUGCAAGGAGGAGUUCAAGCGGCAGAUGAGCUUCUCCGGCAGGAUCUACAGAGAACGCAAGGAAGCACAGUUGCGUUUACAUAAACGUGCCCAUUCCUUCGGAUACGGUGACCUUCUGAACUCGUCGUCGAUUCAUCCAUUAAGAUCCAAUGUGCCUCUUAGUGACUAUCCCAGCCUGGCCUCGACCCUGCCGUACUUCCACAUCAGCGACGAGUGUCGGCUCUUCUCGCCGGAAGGUGCUCACCUUAUUAUAUGCGUCCACGGUCUCGACGGUAACGCCGCCGAUCUCCGUCUCGUCAAGACGUAUCUGGAAUUGGGUCUGCCCGGGGCGCAUCUGGAUUUCCUCAUGUCCGAGAGAAAUCAGGGCGAUACCUUCUCGGACUUCGACACGAUGACCGACCGGUUGGUGGCUGAGAUUCUCUAUCAUAUCGAGUCGUCGGGGCUGAACCCGACGAAGGUGAGCUUCAUCGGGCAUUCCCUUGGGACCAUAAUCAUCCGGAGCGCCCUGACGCGACCACAGCUGCGCCCGCUCCUCCCCCGUUUACACACCUUCCUCAGCUUGAGCGGGCCUCAUCUAGGCACUCUCUACAACACGAGCGGUCUGGUGAACGCGGGCAUGUGGUUCAUGCAGAAGUGGAAGAAGUCCGGAUCUCUGCUGCAACUGGCGAUGAAGGACUCGCCGGACGUGAGGCGCUCCUUCAUGUUUCGCUUGAGCCAGAAGAGCAAUCUGCAGAAGUUCAAGCACGUCCUGCUGUGCGGGAGCGCCCAAGACCGAUACGUGCCGCUGCAUUCUGCCCGGAUCGAGCUCUGCAAGGCAGCCGUACGAGAUCCGACCGAUCAAGGUGCCGCGUACCGCGAGAUGGUGCACAACAUCCUGUACCCGGUGAUGUCGGCGCCCUGCGUCAGUCUCGUCAGGUACGAUGUGCAUCACGCUCUACCGCCGACGGCGAACGCCCUGAUAGGCCGAGCCGCGCACAUCGCCGUCCUCGACUCCGAGCUUUUCAUCGAGAAGUUUCUGCUGGUGGCGGGACUCAAGUACUUCAGAUAAGGAAAGGACUGGUCUAGCGCACGAAAGAACAAAAAACGUAAAGGGGACUGAUUAGACUAGUAAAUUAUAGACGUGACGAGGGGACUGGGAGAGAGGGGAGACGUGAGAGAGAGAGAGAGAGAGAGAGAGAGAGAGAGAGAGGGAGAGAGAUGGAGAGAGAAACUCUGCCGGACGCGCGUCGACAAGCGCAUUCAUGAUUAGCGUAAUUUAGAAACGUCCCCGGCCGAUCUGCUUUCGAAGAAACGAAUCGGCCCGCGAGGACACCGGGGCAAGUCGACCUCCUUUUUUUACACGAGGAACGCGCAGCGCACGUCGCAUUUGAGCGAAUCGUCGUUCUGUUCGCACAGCCUCCGGCACUCCGAGCGUAAUCGCUCGGCCGAAGAGUCGCGUUCGUCGAAUUCGACAUUCGCGGUCGAGAGUUCGUUCGGGUCUUCCAACGGGACGGAUCCAUAUAGCUAGUCGUGGAAUGGGCCUACUCUCCAGUGCUGAUAGUAGCAGUAGUAGUCUUCUCCGACUUAGAGAGAGAGAAAGAGAGAGAGAGAGAGAGAGAGAGAGAGAGAGAGAGACAGAGAUAGAAAGCGAAAACGAAAAAGGCGAAGGAGACGCAAAGGCGCACAGAGAAAUAUCCGAAGGUGCGGGGCAGUGCGGGGGUGAAAUAACACACGAGCGAUAACAUUUGUACGAUCUAAUACGUCAUCUCUGUGAGUGAUGCCACGUACUGGAAUCACGGGGAACCGGCGGCGACAGCUGACGAGCGUGGUUGACGUGUGGCCUAGUGAAGAGAGAGUAAACAAGUGAGAAGCGACUCGCGAGGUAGCGAGGUGCUCGUCGAGCGCGUCAGCUUCGUCAACGUCGCGAGGAACGGCCGAUGAGUCGCAGUCGCGCGAGACAAAAGGGACUCGAAGCCGUCGGCGGGCGUACGGCGAUCGCGAAAAUUCACGGGCGUGUUUUAUCUAAAGAUAAGAGAGGGAGAGGAGAAGGAAAUGAAGAGGCGGAGGAAUUCCGGAGAAGACACACACGGGGGCUCUCUGUCGCUGCGGACACUCGUUCUCCGCGAUGUACAGAGAAAAUAAUAGAAAAAAGUAAGGAGAAUCAAUAAUAAAAUAAUAUUAAUAAUAAUAAAAGUAAAAAGACAAUGCAACGACACAUUGUCUAGACGCUAGGAAAGUUAUGAAACGCAUGUCAAUUGUUAUCCUCAGAUAAGUGUGAGUGCUGAGUGCGGUGAGUGCGGCGAAUGGAUGAGAGUGCCGAGUUGUGAGAGCGAGAGCGAGCGAGAGAGAGAGAGAGAGCGAGAGCGAGCGAGAGAGAGAGAGAGCGAGAGCGAGCGAGAGAGAGAGAGAGAAAGAGACCUUAGGCGCGGGGGGAUGAACGACCCGGCGAAAAGUUAAUAGAGACACGGGGAUGAGAUUGGGAGGCAGCUGAAGACGAAAGUUCGUCGAGAAGAAGAUGUGAGACGGACGUUAAUCUUGCGCGUUACAUCGACGUUAACGGGAGGAUUCGGGAGGGACGCGAUAAUGCGUUUCACCGACGCCUCAGUCGUAACACACAGGUCUCUGCGCGGUCACACGGUCUCAGUGUGCGAUGAAACGAGUACUCGCGCUCUGAGACGCGGCGGGGGAGUAUUCCGGGGUGCGAAAACGGACGCGAUGAUGCGCGACGGGAGUGACUAAACACAUUUCAGGUAUAUGAAAUCCCUCCAAUACUAGAUCUCAAUUGCUCAGAACAAUCUAUCGAUGAAAAACAAACGAGAGAAAGAAGAGAGAGAGAGAACGAGAGAGCAAGAGAGAGAGAGAGAGAGAGAGAGAGAGAGAGAAAUAAAGAAAAAAUUAUAUUAAUCGUAAAUGAAGCGGGGGGGCAACGCGAAGCGUCGCGCCCGCGAGUGCUACACAUGGCUGUUGUCGAGAUCGUCGUCGAGGAACGUGGACGAACUCGACCUUUCUCGGUUACUUCGAGGUCUGUGAGAUGUUCCGGGAUCGCCGACGUUAAUUUCAACGACCGGCUCUUCGGGCGAUUCGCAGCUGAUCCUUCCUCAAUCAAAACGUAGAGACGUCGAGAUAGAGACGUUCUUUUCUUUAUUUACCACCGGUCGCAAAUGCAAAAAGAAAAGAAGAUUGCAACUCUCCGAUCGAGUGACGAGACUCGAGCGUUCCUUUGAUUUCGCGAGGUAUGAUCCACUCUUUUCGAAUCUCGAGGUCUGACUAUCGAGAUGCUCGAUGUGUGUUGAACACAAUCGAGACGACGGCCACCGUCGUGAGGAGUGACCUUGAGAUUCGCCAAACGUUCUGUCAUCGCAUGUAUCUGAUGCGCUCUGCGUACCAAACUACGGCGUAUGAUCGUAGCGAUUCGCCGCGAGAAUGACGCCUCGUACUUCGACGGCGAGAGACGGGAAAGAAUUGGCAUUUGGACAAUCCCCAGGAAAUUCGCUGACAGACGUUGAAUUCAUAACGAGCUGUAUUCUCGUGUACAUUUACAGUCAACGCGUGUCUUUCUUUCCAAGACACGCAAGCGAGUCGAUGUCCGCAGGAAUUUAUAUUAUCCACCGUAGACACCGCAGUUGCGUAAAUCGAGAAAGCGCAGUACGAGACGUCUGUGUCAGCAAUUCUGUAGUGGAAAAUCGCGAGAGUCGAGUCAUCGCGAGCACGCACGUCUCUCAAACUGUGAAUCUUCUCGAAUUCUCCUGAACGUCUGAAAUCUUCCGAGAGCACAUCUUCGCUCUCGUCUCGAUACGUCCGAAGGACAAGCUCGCGCUUCGCAACCUUACCUUCCGAUACGCGCCCCUCGUCGAGGCGCGAACGCGCGUGUCCUCGCGCGCGCACACCGCCCUUCGCGAUUUUCCAGCUGACGAACGCCGCGUUAAGGUAGGUCCAGACUUCCUCCCACGCAUCGUUUCUCUUCGAUCUAUUGAAAUGGUUGGGAUCCGCUGGAUUCGAAAGAGUACUUUUUUGUUUAUAAAAGUCUAUUAAUUCUAUCACUUUCUCUUGUGACCACUGCACAGCAUCAACCAUGACUGUCGGAUACGAAGUGAUACGACUGAAUAAAACGAGAGAUCCUAUGUUGGCAGAUCGAUAUAGGAUCUGGGCGGGAUAAGUCACGUCUACACUCAUUGUAUCCGUAUCACGUAUUAUUUCUUUGAUGUUCGCCGAAAUACCGACCAAGUCGAUCACAGUGCCUGCGUGUUACCUUGAUACGCAGAUACGAUACGCAAAAACGAUACAGUGUCCCGUUCACACUUGCCGAUCAUGAUACGCAAUUAUGAUACGAUACGGGGAUGCGACACACAAGUCUGGACCCACCUUUACAACUCUCCGUGGAUGUGCAGACGAAUUGUUCCAAGCGCGAACGCGCGCGCGCGCGCGCGUAGAAAUUAAUAACGGUUUUUACAGCGAUAGCAUUGUAACGUCGCGCGUCGUUGAGACGAGAGUUGAGACGGAUCGUGCGAGUCAUACGUCGGCUCCCGAUGAUGCGAGUAAUAUACGUCGUGCGUAAAAGUCACUAUCAUUCGAUGUAAGCGUUGAAUUUACGCGCGUAAGAACGCGCGAACGUCUACGUGUAUCGUCAUAAAACGACCACCUGUGAGUCCAUCGUUAACGUGUAUAUUGCGAUCGUAUAAUAUACUAUACAUACAUAUAUAUAUAUAUAUAUAUAUAUAUAUGUGCAUAUAUAUCGCUGUGUGGACAACCGCGAGCUCUCAGUAAUGACACGAUGAAAAACUGCGCGAGUAAGUGCAACUUCGCGUCAGGCUGAAAAAGAGUACACGCGCGCAAGUAAUCGAUAGCGGUUUCUUCAAAUUCUCCUGGAUCUUGCCGUCAGCGCUGAGGGCCCAGCGACUCGCGGGCAAAUUUUCCAAGUCUCACCGCACGGUACGUUUUCUAAUCUUAUAAAUGUUUCACGAUGUACUCGCCGGGAAGAUGCAGCGGUAGCGGUCGGUUUAUCGCCCACGCGAGCGACCGUGUUUUCGGCAGACACGGGCGGCUCUCCAUCUCAUUCGUCGCGGGGCUCGGAUUCUUUUUUAGUUUGAUGCGAGAAGUUAAACUUGCUGACGCAAAGGAACCCCGUCUCAUAGUAACUACGUCGCGAGCAUCGUUUUAUCGAGCCCGCCGCCGGUAAUUGUUUUCAUUCUCCCGAAUUCUCGGAGCAUUCGAUAAAGUCGUCUGCGAGAAAUCGGACCCGAGGCAGACAAAGUCUGCGCACGAAGACAUUUCUCGAACGUUUCAUCUGUAUCUGGACUGAGUUCGGGUGGACUUUACCUGAUAAAUGUGUCGGUCGAGACGAGAGCGAUCGCGUCCAGCGCGCAAUCGUCGCCUGAGCCAAACGACAAAAUCAGCCGACUCGAAAUCGGCCGACGGUGAAAUUUCGUGAAACGUGAAUCUCUCCUCCUCGGAAAGCUUCCUCGGGAAAACCUACGUAUCUGACAAUUUUUGCACAAACGCGUCUUGAUUACCCUCAUUCGCGGAGCGGCCGGCUAAUUUUCGCCGCAUAAAAUCGUCUCGUCGCACGCAAGCCGCGGCAAGCGAAUUAAAUCGCCGUAAAACAUCAAUCACGAUUUAAAGUUGGAAUAAAGCUCGUCUCUACGGCCCCGUCGCUACGGCCUUCGCCGGAGAUUUAUGACGCUCGUAUGCCGCUAAUGAACUCGCACAAAUGCAUAGUGCGAGUGAAAUAUUUACGUUCCGACUAUCUCGUCGCGAUCAAAUUUUCGCUCCGCGAUGACACGUUUAUCAGGUUUAUCAGGUAGACAGCCACCGCGCUGUGUGUGCGCGCGCGCUUGUGUAUGUGCGUGUGCGUGUGCGUGUGCGUGUGCUUGUACGUUUGUGCGUGAGCACGUGCGCACGCCCCUAAAAGAAGCUUUUCUCUCAACUGCGAAUAAAUCUCGCCGAUGACGCUUCGCGCGCGUCAUCGAUCGGUCGCGGCCGGGCGAGCGGGCGGUCUCUUCUCUUUGUCCGCCGUCAGCAACUCGUCGCGAAUCGUGCGUGAAAGGGAGAUUACGGGAAUCCACGGGAAGCGGAAAAACAUAGGGGGACGUGAGCUCGGAGAUUCGACAGAUUCGGGAGCCUUUCUCGAGAUUCGCUUCUUCGCGGAAGGACCACGGAUCUAAAGUAACUUUCAUUGCUCUCCUAUUAUUUGCUCAACUAUAUCGUCGUUUCUUCAUUAUAAUUGUACGGUCGCGACGCGACGCGCGUACGUUCUAAUCGCGAAGAUUAUUGACUUUGUACACACUCGUCUCUCGUCGUGUAAGUUUAAGUUUUUAACUUACCACCUAAGGCGCGCGAUUUUCUAGGGGAAUUUAUCGGGGAACGCGAUCGGGGACGCACGGUCGGAUCGAUCGUCGUCGAUCGACGUGGCAGAGUCGCGUCGCGACACGGCCGAUCGCGCGAGUGUUCCCCGCGAGUUCUGUUUCUCGUUUUAGAGGAAUUUUCUUCGGAACCGGACUACAACUUCCAGGACGUGGAGUCGUUGUUGCACCUUUGACGGACGUGUUUUUGCGUAAUUUACGAUUCACUCGUGUAUCCAUUCCUUGUUCUCCAUCCUGUGGCGUCAUCCCGGCUGGACGGCCGAGUAUUCUACCGAAGAUAGCGAGUUCUCCGUGACAAGUCGCAACGGCCUCGCGAGCCCGCUGAACGAAAAACUAAUUGACGAGCGAAAUUUUUUUCUAACAUUGCGCGAUCAGUCGUGCGCAAUCGAUCGUACCGGACUGGCGAGAUUCUGUUCGGACCUUAAAACCCGCCCUAAACGAGAUCUGUAAUUCACCAAAGAAGUCUAUUUGCGAGGAAACAUUUGAAUAAUCAGAAUCGCAUCGUACAUCGAUAAAUCGUCAGGUGUUUUCUAUACAACGCGGCGCAUAAAAUUGCAAAUAGGAUUCUAUCCUGAAUUAUAGAUCGCCGAAAAAGAGAGAGAGAGAGAGAGAGAGAGAGAGAGAGAGAGAGAGAGAGAGAGAGAGAGAGAGAGGUCGGAUCGGAGCUAAAACGCGAAUGUCCAUGAGCGAGAAUUUAACGAUUAUUCGGGGGAACGCCAAGCGUCCUCGAUAAAUAAUAUUCCACCGAUUUAAAUGCAACUUUUACAAAUUCGAAAUAUUAAUAUUUAUCUAAAGAAGAAGUCGAAGAGUUUGCUUUUUCUCAACUUCAUCCUAUCUCUCUCGUGUCCUUUUCUUCUUCUCUAUAAUAAUGAUAAGAAUAAGAAUAAUAAUAAUAACAAUAACAAUAAUAAUAAAACAGAUGAAAGGGGUUAUAACGUAGGAUGACAGUCGCGAUUUAGAGGACGACUUUUGAAAGUUCAACGCCGAGGGUCUGAGAGACUGACAGUCCGGCCACGACUCCCCUUUUUCCACUUUGACGUAUCGAAAGUUUCAUCGACACUCGGCCAAGGAGAAUUCGCUAUUGUAUUUCGCUCGUGUCGCGUCUAUUGAGCACACAUCGUACAGCCGGGCACGAUUAAAUAACGACACCACAUAAUCGUCGAUCAAACCACUUACGAGAGAAUGAGAGGGAGAGAGAGAGA